GGCAGGUAACUAGGACACGCCCAUCUAGGUGAGUCAACCCGGAAGUGGCCGAGCAACUCAGCUUCGAGGGCAGGUGAACAAUCACAAUAAUGCGCUUUUAUCACCAUGAGAGCUGAGAGGUGUCGGUGACACGGGGAUUAGUGUGUACCGCUCCGUCGGAUGGUGGAUUAGACAUCAUGUGUUGGCUACCUUUCGGACUGCUCCUGGUGCUGACUGCACACACUGCAGAGGGAAAUCCAGUAACUGUGACCACUAACAGUUACACUAAGGUGACCAUAAGCAGACCAGCAGAGGGUCCUAACUGUACUGUGUGUUCCUCCCAGACCUGUGCUACAAAGCAAGUCAUCGCUUUAUCUCAGACCACUCAGGUGAACUUCACCUGCAGCAGACCUCAGGACAUCUUCACUAUUGAGAUUAAUAGGGACUUUGAUUGCUCAAAGACAUGCAGCUAUGAUUCCAUACAAGCAGACUGGUCCACCUUCCAAGACUUCAACAGAAUCUUUACAUGGGACAUGAAAGUGGAAGCUUCCAAGUCAUUUCAGCUAGAGUUUCCAGCUUCAGGAAUGAGACAGAUCCAGUCAUCAGAAGAAUGUGCAGACAAACAAGUUUACUCACUCUUAAUGUAUUCGAGGGACGGACCAGUGAACCUCGGCAAAUUCUGUCAAAACGGCACAAUCACUCGCAUGCAGGUUGUUUGGAAAGGGCGCUUGACUCUUGAGGUUGGCAAAGGAACAACCCCGAGCUCAUUUGCCAUCAAAUACUCUGAGGCUGUUGACUCGGCGGUGGCUAUAGAUGCCGUCCUUCCUCGUGGUCUGUCGAGCACAGAUUUCCUCAGCGCUAGCGGCAUCCCUAAAGAUUAUACAGUGAAAUGGAACUUUGUGUUACCUCUCAAGCAUAACUUCACAGUUGAUUUUGUGAAAUACAUCCAGCCAGAAUGCCAAAGCAAACAAGUUAAAGUGAUCUACCAGCAGACCAACAUGGCUGCAGUGGAAAAGCCAGUGACGGAUCCACAGCCCACUAAUUAUCAGGGAAACUUCAGCUUGUCUCUGAGAAACUGUGAUGCCAAGAGUGGAGCUACCCUUAAGCUCUUUCUCCAUUUUAGCGUGUCUGUGUUCAGGAGUGGAUUUCCAGAUUUGUGCAUGGUGGAUCUUCAGAGUGCUGAAGGGCUGAGUCUUCAAAUAGAGAAGAAGAAUCAGGAUAACUUCUGUGAGAUGGGUGUGAAUGCAGUGGUGCAGGAGAAGAUUGUAGUGCCAGCAGGCUCCAAAGCUAACCUGACCUUCCUGGACUGCCCUAAGGACAAUCUUCUUCUCACAGCCACUAAGACCAUCGGGUGCAUGAGUUUGUCUUCAUGUCCAAUAGCCGGGACUCUCCUCACCAUCCCUGUGUUAGACUCGUGCCUGUCUCCGUCCCUCAGCCAGGUCAGGUGGGUUUUGAAUGUUCCUGAGCAGGGCAGUGUGGAGCUGAGCUCACCGCAGGGCAGCCUGUAUCAGUCAGUGCCUGGAGUGCAGGAGUGUGACGGCCUGCUGUCUGCGCUGGUCUCUGCAGCCGACGGUGCCGACCUUGGCCGUUUCUGCUCUGUUAGCAAAGGCAUCAUUCAGAAAGUUCAGAUCUCCUCCAACAUCACAGUUACUGCCUCUGCAGAUGGAGAUAAGGACCUCAGACAAGAGAAAGCUCCCAUCCUCAAUGUGUCCUUUAGUUCAGAGGUCACAGACACUUUUAUCUACACCGUCUCUCCACUUAUCUCAACCCCUGCCUUCCUCAUGACACCCAACUGGCCCGGGGCGAUGAAGCCCGACUCCACCAUGUCAUGGAUCGUAAAUGUUCCAGAGGAGUACGGUGCUCAGUUGUACUUCAGCAACGUCAGCUUACCAGUGUGUCGUAAUAAUCAUGCUGAAAUUAAAAUCCAGGAACAAGGCUCAACUGUGGAGACCGGCUUCAGGGAGGACAAGCAGUUGGUUCUUGAACACAACAUGCUUAGAAGCUUCAGCCUUAACAUGUCCAACUGUGAACCUGAGGAAGGCAAAUUUGCCAUUCUCAGUAAGAUCUCGUUGCAGAAGAAGCCUGGAAACCUGAUCAACAUCAUUUUGGGUGUGGUUGGAGCUCUGCUGGUUCUCCUCGUCAUCCUUCUUACUGUAGUCUGUCUGUUAGUAAGGAAAAAGAAACGGAAAUCCAACCGGUCCUCCAUCUGCAUUCCCAAAGGGGUCGCUUCUCUUCCUGGUGACGCCACUUUCCCAAAAACGCGAGCCGACAACGAGUCUCACGUGUACACCUCCAUCGACGAGACCAUGAUGUACGGGCAUCUUCUGCAGCAGGACGGAAGCGGCCCCGGACACUUCAAUGGACAUCAAGUGGACGGUUAUCACGCCUUCACCGGCCCCAUGGACAAGACCAUUAAGGAUCCUGGAUUUGAGCAGAAUGUGGAGCGAGGACCUGAUAAGGAUUCGUUCCGGGCUUUCCUGCCUCCAUCCGAAUCCUUUAUCCCCAGGCCUCACACUCCGCUGCGGCAUCUCGACUCACUGGACUAUGAGGACCGCAGGAUGGUGGAUAAAGUUCUCUAUACGUUCAAAGCCCCAGGUGAAGCGAAUCCGAUCCGCCUCUCUGCUGUAGAACCAGAGCUUCUGCCCAAGCCCGAGCCCGAGGACUUCUCUGAGCCUGAGCAGUUUGAUCAAGAGUAUGACGAGGCCAUGUAGUGCAGGGAAAAUUAAACCAGGUGACUCAAGGGCUGAAAGAUCUGAUCUAGGAGCCGACAGUACAUUUGAUUUCUGAUGGUUAGAUAUAAAAGAAGUCUGACCUUCUGCUCCUGAAGGUUAGAAAAGCAAGCAGCAUUUACCUGCAUGUACUGAACAGCAACAGAACUAACAGUACACACACACACACACACACACACACACACACACACAGUUCUCUGUGCCCCUUUUAAAGAGAGUUUCACUUUCUGCUUCUGUUUUUAUUUGUAUUUUUUUCCCCUCAAAUUAAGUCUUCUGACUAAAACUCCCACUGAUACUUUAUCUGCUUGUUCUAACUUCUCUUCUGUGUAACUGCACGAGAUGCACCAGGAUUUUAUUCUUGCUGUUUUGGGGAAAGUGUUUUAUUUUCUAGUUGUUUGUCUGAUACUUUAGGCUUCAUCUGAAGAAUGUCCAUUAUUGUGGAUUCAAGUUUGCAAAUGUUGAUUUAUUUUGUCAUGUUUGUUUUAUUACUUUUCACAUUUUUACAUAAUAAAUUUUAAUUCUAAAAGCAGA